AUGACGUUCUCAUCUUCUCCGGUACUGUACCCGGCAAGUUCAUCGCCACCAGCAGUUGCUCCUACUAAGAAGCGCCGACUAUUCCAACCAUUCCCUACAGCGCCUCAACCUCUACCGAAGAAAGUAAAGAUCGUGGGAGGCUUCUUGCAAGACAGUGAUGAUGAGGAUGAUGAUGAUGAUGAUGAUGAAGAGGAUGCUCCUAUCGCGGAAACAUUUUUUGUUGAAACACUACAUACAAAUGGGCGAAUCAAUAACCUACGACAGGAGGACCUGCAGAAACCCGAUAAAGCACCCCCGACCAAACAUGGGCACCAGGUGGAAUUCCCUAAUCCGCCGCUGCCUCCCACUCGUCUACUGUUGAGAAAACUGCCGGCAAAAACAGUCCGUAUGCAAUUGGCCAGCGGUGGUGCGAUAGAAAUUCCGAUCCGACAGAAAUCUGCUCCUUCAUCGUAUGAGCAGUUGAUAGCUCAACGCUCGAUGACUGCUCCGGGACUCGCGAAGAAAGCCUACUAUGGAGUUGACAUUCACACUCUUAUGGAUGAUGCCGAGACUCAACGACAACUGGAUAAAUUUGCAAAGGAGAGUGAACAGCAAAAGCUUGACCUGAUGCCAACUGUGGAAGUGGCAGACGAGACUCCAGUGUCUGCUGGAAAGUCGACUUACACCCAAAUGUGGACCGAAAAAUAUCGUGCGAAGAAGUUCACAGAACUAGUUGGUGAUGAACGAACUCACAGAUCUGUCCUUCGCUGGUUGAAGUCCUGGGAUGAUUUGGUAUUUCCUGGGAGUAGUCGGACGAAACGCAUCAAAGUAUAUGACGAGAAAGAUCAAUUCCAGAAUCAACAGAAGAAAAUACUUCUUCUUACUGGGCCGCCGGGCCUUGGUAAAACAACCCUAGCUCAUGUAUGCGCCAAACAAGCUGGCUACGAAGUCUUGGAAAUCAACGCGAGUGAUGAUCGAAGCAGAGAUGUUGUCAAAGGAAGGAUAAAAGAUGUGCUUGGUACCGAAACUGUCCGCGGGAUUAAGGAGCCGGGCAAAGCCCGAAAAGCUGGGCGGCCUGUCUGUGUCGUCGUGGAUGAAGUCGACGGUGUCACAACCGGUAACAGCUCCUCUGGCGGAGAAGGCGGGUUCGUGAAGGCAUUGAUUGAUCUUGUCCAACUGGAUCAGCGGAAUUCCUCGAAGGAAGGAAAUUCCCAGAAUAGCAAAGGAGGGCAGAGAAAUCGCGACAAGUUCCGGAUGCUUAGGCCUUUGAUCCUGGUUUGCAAUGAUGUGUACGCCCCUUCACUACGGCCGUUGCGAACAUCCUCAAUCGCUGAAAUCGUCCAUGUUCGAAAGGCUCCUAUCGACAAGGUGAUUUCUCGCAUCAAAUUUGUUUUCGAAAAAGAACGCAUUGCGUGUGACAACGAUGCUGCACGCCGACUUUGUGAAAAUGCCUGGGGCCUAGCAAUGCGAAAGCAAAGAGGCCAGGGAUCUCGAGGAUCCGGUGAAGGCGAUAUUCGUGGUGUCCUUGUUCAAGCAGAAUGGAUCGCACAUAAGUUACGAAUGGGAGGAGAAAAUGGCAAACUAACGCGAAAGUGGCUUGAAGCUCAUCUGGACAAUUCUCAGCAAGGGCAGAAAGGACUUGGACGGGGUGGCGUUCGCGAAGUUGUGGAAAGAAUAUUUGUGGAAGGCGCUGGUUUGCCGAACCUCCCAACCUCUGUUUCAGCCGAUGAUGCAAGACUUAUCGCAGAGUCCAAGUCAAGCCCAACAGGUGUCUCAGACCUCCGCAAGCGUGCCGCCAUAGCUGCUCUGCGGGAAAUGGUCGAUACUUGUGGAGACCAUGACCGAUUGAUGACUGACUGUUUCGCGACAUAUCCGACCCGAGUCUUUCAAGAUGACGUCCAACUCUCGAAACCUAAUACCAGCUACGAAUGGCUUCAUUUCCAUGAUCGUCUCUCAAGUCGCGUUUUCUCUGGACAGGAGUGGGAAUUGACUCCAUAUCUGAGCACGAGUGCUUGCGGAUUCCACCAUUUGUUCGCAGCAAUGGAUAAGGACAAUAAAGCGUGGCACGAAGACAGCAAGCUGGAAGAUGAAUCAGAGGAUUUGCACCCCUUUAGUGGGCUCAAGGCCGAUUUUACCGCCUAUGAAGCCGAAAAACAGAAUCGAACACUCUUGACAGAGCUCCAAUCGAAAUUUUCGGGUUCGAUGUUGAGACUCUUUAGCUCCGUGGACGCAAUCGCGACAGAGCUGCUUCCAAACAUCGGAAGAAUGCUUGCUCCAGAUGUAAAGCCUGUUGUAAUUGGCGGCUCUGCUGGGUCUGCAAGUGUUGCAAGCGUGAGAAAAGAGACGGAAAAGCAAUGCGUUAGCAAUGCUGUCAAGACAAUGCUCGCUCUCGACGUCUCGUUCGAAAAGGUGAGAGUGGAGAUCGAAGGCGGUGGUGCGCAUUCGAAUGGCGGGUAUAUAUACAGGAUGGAACCUCCACUGGAUAACUUGCUUAAUCUUCGGCUUGAGAAAUCGACUCGCCCGGUGGCACCAAUACGAUAUGCAGUUCGUCAGGUUCUCGACCAGGAAUCCAGAAAAGAGAGACUGCUACAGAACAGCCUCGCGCGGCAUGCUCGAAAGUCCACCGGGAUCCUCAAAGAUCUCGACGCUGAUGAGAAUAAGGAGAAUUCGGACUCACUCAAGAAAGCGGCAACCUCAUUCUCUAGAGACGCUGGUAUGAAACGCGAUUUCUUUGGUCGUAUCAUUAAUGAGGCUAGACCAACAUCCUCUGGAAAGAACACUGCCAAUGUCAACGCAUCGAGAAAGGAGGACAAUGGUCGUGUGUGGCUUUCAUUCCAUGAGGGAUUCUCAAAUGCUGUCAGGAAACCGAUCACAUUGAAGGAGCUUAUUGAUAGCUUUGCACAAUGA